GCUCUCCGGCGCUUCCCUCCGGCAGGCCCGGCCGCCCGCUUGGUCCUCCACCGCCAGGGGGCGGGCGCGGCUUCCAGGCGGCGGGGGCCCAUUGGUCGCGGCGGGGAAGCGUGGGAGGAGGCCCAGCGGCGCGCUGGCUUUCUCCUGGCCACUCGCGGGGGUGAGGGGCAGCAAGAGGAGUCCGAGAGGAAGCGGAGUCGCGAGCUGGAGGCGGCGGUUCCCGUCGGCCUCCGGCAGGACUGAGUGCUGGGAGGCCGGAAGGCGGGCGCGUACGGCGGAGAGGCGGGAGGGAGGCCGGAGCAUAUUAAUGACAAGUGCCAUAGACUGAAAAACCAAACAUGAGGGUAGCAGGUGCUGCAAAAUUGGUGGUAGCUGUGGCAGUGUUUUUACUGACAUUUUAUGUUAUUUCUCAAGUAUUUGAAAUAAAAAUGGAUGCAAGUUUAGGAAAUCUAUUUGCAAGAUCAGCAUUGGACACAGCUGCACGUUCUACAAAGCCUCCCAGAUAUAAGUGUGGGAUCUCAAAAGCUUGCCCUGAGAAACAUUUUGCUUUUAAAAUGGCAAGUGGAGCAGCCAACGUGGUGGGACCCAAAAUCUGCCUGGAAGAUAAUGUUUUAAUGAGUGGUGUUAAGAAUAAUGUUGGAAGAGGGAUCAAUGUUGCCUUGGCAAACGGAAAAACAGGAGAAGUAUUAGACACUAAAUAUUUUGACAUGUGGGGAGGAGAUGUGGCACCAUUUAUUGAGUUUCUGAAGGCCAUACAAGAUGGAACAAUAGUUUUAAUGGGAACAUAUGAUGAUGGAGCAACCAAACUCAAUGAUGAGGCACGGCGGCUCAUUGCUGAAUUGGGUAGCACAUCUAUUACUAAUCUUGGUUUUAGAGACAACUGGGUCUUCUGUGGUGGGAAGGGCAUUAAGACAAAAAGCCCUUUUGAACAGCACAUAAAGAACAAUAAGGAUACAAACAAAUAUGAAGGAUGGCCUGAAGUUGUAGAAAUGGAAGGAUGCAUCCCCCAGAAGCAAGACUAAUGGAAAUGUGGAGAGAAUUGAAGAAAGCGCACUUUCACUAUUAAUGGGAGAGCUAUAAAUGGCAGAGUGAUGUGUAAAUAUUUUAAGAGCAUGCAGCCAUCUUGAUGUGUGCAUGAGUAUUGUCUCUUUUGAUAUCAGGAUUAUUUAUUGCUAACGUAAAUAGAUAGCAUUGUAAAUAGUCAUCACAAUGAUUAAAUCACUGAACCAUGUCUCUGCACAUUUCCCUAAAAGUACAAUGUUUAGACUGCUGUGGUAUUACAUAUUUUAAAUUCUAAAAGCAUACCCAAUGUGUAACUGAACGGAUCGUGAAAAAAAUAUUGAUAUAUAUACUAGUUGCUGUGAAAAUAUGGAAUAAUAUGGAUUUUAGGGUGGAUACUUUAUUUUCUUUUAUACCUCUAUAUAUUGCCUUGUGAUGACAUUAUCUUUUAAAUUAAAAAGAGAUUUGGCUAGUUGUGUGUGUAAUGUUACUUUACAGUCCGACUCUCCUGAUGUACCUCUUUUCAUGAUCUUUUUCUUUCCUUCCCAAGAAACUGAGGAAUGUUUAAUAUGAAAACACACAUUGGAUAUGUGAAAAGCACAACAAAAUUCUUAAUGUACACAGUAAAAAAGUAAAUAUAUAAAUGUAGAUGGCAUUUAGGACCACAGCUUGCUGGAUUUGUGUUAGCUAUUGGAAUAACUUGAUUUUGUAUAAGCUAUUUAGAGUGAGGCUGGAGGUGGCAGUUUUACAGAACUGGAGAACCAGGCCAAGUCCCCUCCCCAACCUAAUUAGGUCAUUCAGGACAGCUAAGUCAGUAUAUUUAGAGCAAUACUAGCAUAUGUUUUUCUUAAUUGUUAUCAGCAUUGACCAAGUGGUUUGGAAGGAGGCAUGCUUUAAUAUCACAAUAAUUUUAAUUUGUAAACCAAGAAAUUAAUCCUGUGUUUAUCUAACUUCAUACUAGCAGUUAUUGCCCGAAGCUAUAGUGGCAUAUUUACAAAAGUUCUUAUUACUGGGUGGACUGAUAACAUUUAAAAAAUAAUUGUGUUUGACCCCAAAUGACUUUAUACCCAAUUCUACAUAAAAAUAUAGAUCUAUCUUUUUUGUUACUUUCAGAUGUUCACUAACUCAGUUUUUAAGCAGAUGUUUUCAGGGCAUUAAAUAUAUGUUGUGUAUGAAAUAAACUGGAACAUAAAUUUAGUGAUCAAACUGCCAUUCAUAAUGUAAGGCAACACUUAAAUUUCAAACCUAAAUUUUAGAUGGAUUGUAUAAAAAAUCCUAAAAGCAGUAUCUGUUAUUUAGCUGUAAACCAAGUUGGAAGCUAUUCAGAUAAUUUCUUAAAUAUUGAUGAACUUUGGAGUACUGUUUCUUCCUUCAAACUGAAUGUAAUUCAUGAAUAAAUGCACCUUAUAUGUUUAAACAAUUUUUGUAUACUUUUGGGAUUUUUGGUGCUUAUAUGCUAAAUCACAUUCAGCAUGUAUAUUUUGACUUUUAAAAUACUUCUCUCAAUUCUGUAAAUUAAAAGAAUAGUUAUUUUACAGUUCUAGGGACUGUGAAAUAAAUGUCACUUUUUUUAAAAUAAUGAAAAUAAAUACUCUUGGUUUUGCUUUGUGAAUUUUUUUUUGUAUUAUCUAGCAAAGUAAUACACCUA